AUGCGGCAUCGGUUGAGCCCACUUUGUCUGGACGUAAGUGAUGACAUCUACGCUUGCAUCACACAGACGCAACUAAAGGGCAGGUCAUGUCAAACGGGCGAUAUGCGUGGGGAGCAGAUGGCCGACCUGUCAAAGGGAUAUGAAGGUAAGGAGUGA